AUGCCUCUCAAGUUCUUUGCACUUUGGUCUACUGCCGCAUCUGCUCUGAUUGCAGGAGUGGUCGGCCAACCUCUUGACGUGCGGCGCGCCAAUACCCCAUCCGACUUUCGCCUGUUCGCUUACGGGCCCAAAGAGUCUGGCAUUGGCGGGUUUCCUGUUUUCCACAUGGAGGGCUUGGCCUACACCGCCCUCAAUAGUUCUGACUCAACCAGUUCUUCGGCUGAAGAGGUUUCCUUCACCCUCGAAACCUCCGGAUCACUCGUUGCCACAAUUGGCGGCAACUCCACUGCCACGAACGGAACGACGUUCCUCCACGUGCCCUCUACUUCAGGCAACGUCGGUUUCACAACCGCGGCUGGCAACAGCUCCGCAGGGACCGAUGCGUUCGGCCUUUACGGAGGAAUGCUCUACCUCCGCGCCCAGGAAGGAGGGAUGGAAACCCAGUGGUACGCCGUUGCCGCUGAUACGGCGGGAGAUGGCCAGCUUUGGAACAUCAAGUGGAACGUCAGUGAGAUCGAGGCCGCAGGGGAUGGCGUCUUUCCUGUCGCCAUCCGGACCACGGGACCAGACGGCGAGCUAGCCGAGUAGCAGCCGUCUGCCCCCGUGUUUGCGCAUGUGAUUCUCCUGCGCCAUUGAUCAAUCCCUACGUACUCUGUUCGUUCGGGGGCGUCCAAGACUGAAAACCCUUGUCUCCUCGCCUUGUCUAUAGCUUGAAUGAUUACUGGAAUUAUUGAUCGC